AUGUCCGCAACAGCUAAACUGUGGAAGGAGCCAAGACGUCCUUCUACGGAUGAAUGGAAUGGCUAUAGAUCAUCUUCACAUUUCACACCCACUUCAGGAGUUGGGGGAAAGGAGAUCCAUCAAAUAGUAGGAAAAAAGCCAAUCAAUUCACAAUGUCAUUCAGUAAAUUGGUAUGGAUCACGUGGCCGGGAAAUACACAGGAGCAGUUUUGUGUCUGGGGGCUGCUGCACCUGCUCCCCAAGUGCUGCUCUGAUCCCCGAGACCCUGCUCUGGGCUUUCUCUGACCUUGAUGCCCGGGCCACAGGGCCGACAGUCCACCCCGCCCGGCUCGGGGAGCCGGGUUCGCCCAGUCCGGCGGGCGGCGCGGUCCCCGCCCACCCCAACUCCCCGCCGACCGCGGGCAGAGAGCUGGCAGGGAGCGGGCACCGCGCGGGUUUUGAAGCCGCGCGGCGCACCGGGCCACUGAGCGCCGCGGCAGGGCUCACAGGUCUUAAGGUCCCCGCGCGGCCGUCGCCCCGAGUGCCGGUGACUUUGGCUUCAGGUCUGCUGACCCACGUCACCAGUUUGACAGCCUCGCACCAAAUCCGAGGGCGGUGCUCGCUCGGAGUCCCAGGCGUCACUGGGAGUUCCCGCAGAUUAGAACUCGCCUCUCCUAGCCCCUCCCCUCAGUCCCAUUUAAAGCUCCCACGGCUUUCCGAAAAAUUGAAGGCUCAGUUUCUGCAGCGCCUUCUUCCACUGCAAGAUGUCCAUUUCAGCCUUAGCAUUCUGGGCUCUGUGUCUUCCAAGAACACUGUUCUGCCUUGCCAAGACCAGUACUUUGUAGGAGGUCAGAGUUAUAAUUGCCCGUAUUCCACUACAACGUCAGAAUCUAGUGUUGACGUUUCCACGGAGACUUGGGUCUCUUUCUGGGCUGCUGGUCUCCUGGACAACAGAGAGCCCCAACAAGCACCACAGGCACUGGAAUCAUCCUGUGACUCCAGUUUCCCUGCUCCUAACUCGUGUUCAUGGGAAGAAGCUCAGCUUUCCUCUCAGCUCUACAGAAACAAGCAGCUCCAAGAUACUCUGGUGCAGAAGGAAGAAGAACUUGCUAGGUUACAUGAAGAGAAUAACCAUCUCAGACAAUACCUGAAUUCUGCUUUGGUUAAAUGUCUUGAGGAAAAGGCCAAGAAAUUGCUGUCAUCAGAUGAGUUCUCCAAAGCAUUUGGGCAAUUCAGAAAGGGAAAGAGGAAACCCAAAGAGCAAAGAUACUUUCCUCCUGAGAUCCCCCACCACAAAAAUGCCAAGAGAAACCUCUCUAGUGAAUUUGCUAACUGUGAAGGACAACCUGGGCCCCCUGUGGACCCUUGGGUUCUUCAGACCCUUGGGUUAAAAGACCUCAACACCAUCGAUGACACUUUAUCAGCUAACUACAGUGCCCACUCCUCUCAUCCGAGAAGAAUUGCCAGCACAUUUCCUCCAUUUCUGGAUGAUGCAGUUGAUUAUGAAAAUGUCCCCAGGGAGGAUCUGCCAAUUGACUAUGGAGGCAACCCAGCAACCCCCUCACAUGGCACUGCUGGGCACAGGGAAGAUUUUCACUUCCUCCCUCAACUUUCAAAUCCCCCAGGAGGGCUGCAAACUUCUCCUUACUAUACUUCUGAUGUGUCACCCAAUAAAACAGAGAUGGCCUUUUCCACAUCCCUGAGCCCUCACUGUAAUGUGAAAACUCAUUCCUUCCACCAGGGACAAGCCUUUGUUUGUCGAGAUGAGGAGGGAGGCUGGAAGUUUACCUGGGUCCCUAAGCAGUCUUAGUGACCUCCCUUCUAUCAUGAAAGACUGCUAUAAACUCUGUUUACAAAGACCUCUCUUGCACUUGAACCUGACUAUUUGGAACACAGAAGCUUUUGCCCUGACUGUCUCCUGCCACUUUAAACGUCACUCUCAAUUACCCACUUAAAUCCGCAGAGAACAGCUUCCACGAAUCCAUAAUGAAACAUGCCUGAUCUUCUUUCACCUAAAUUUGACUUGUUUACACACCAACACCUGCUGUUGACUUCAUCCCUUCGCCCUGUACCUGAAAAGGUAUUUUCCAAUUGCCCGAAUAUUCCUUCGAGGCCUACAUAUGCUGUUCCAAUUAUAACAAGUCUAAGAGCUUUUCUCCUUUCGUCAAGCAGUUUAAAUGUUCAUAGUCUCUACCCUCUCACUUUUAUCCUGUCCUGUUCUUCUUCAUUUCUGAAAACUGCCUCGAGAGUGAACACUAUUAUUGCUCCAGGUGUUUGUUCUUGAGUGCUCCGAUCUUGGGGGUGGGGUAGAAACAAGGGUCUCUGGACAUCAUCAUUCCCAAAGACAUAAUGUAGAUGCGAGCAGUGCCACGUGUAGAGCAGUUCAGGAAGUUAUGUGCCCUGUGAAGUUGACAAAGAGCCUCUUCAAUGAGUUGCAAAUCUACUGAAUAAGAAAUACCACUGAUAAAUUAAAAGAUGAAAAAUAAUUAAAAUUAAUUCAAGAUAUGCCACAGUAUAUCAGCUUCUAUAUGCACCUGGCAUUGCCUCUUUAACCAACAUGACUCAAAUUAGAACAUGGCUAAGGGAUGCUUGAUAACAAGUUGUCAUCUUAAUCGCCCAGAUGCUGUCAAGGGUCUGGUCCUGCCAGUAUUGUCUAGCCAAACUCUGUGGUUGUCUCCCUCAUUCAUUCACUUACUCAUCUACUCAGUUUUCCAUUCAUUGGCCCACGCAAAAUAUUUGUACAACAUCUGCCAUGUACCAGGCGCUGUCCUAUGGGGUGGUGAUGGAAUAAAUGAGAGCAAGUUAGACCUUGUGGCCACCCUCAUGAGACUCAGAGCCAAUAUUUGCUGUGACCUUGAGAAACCUAAUUCCCAACAGUGAAGAUUCAGUUUUCCUGGCUGCAGAAUACAGAAGAUAGAUGAGACCAUCACUAACAUUCUAUAAACUGAGGCUUGGUCCAUCAGCUUUACUCCAACACUGCCAGCCCAGCUCACUCUUCUCUUUAGUUUUGAUAGACACUAUAGGUAUGUUGGAUGAGCUUUACAUACAAUUUUUCUUAAACAUGAGCCAUUUGUAGUCGACACAAGAAACCAUUGCUCUGAUCACAGUAUUCUUUUUCUGGUAUGAGCCCAUGUUAUAGGUUAAUUCAGUCUAAGUAUGUGAGAGUAACUUGCAUCUAACAAAUAGAGAUAAUAAUUUUUAAAUAAGUGUGCAUAAAUAUAAUAUAAAUUUUGACAUCAAAGAUUUCUCUCUUUCUAAAUAAAAAAAAUAUAUUCUUAGUGCUUAUGUUAGUUUUCCUCAAGCUCUCUAUCUUUUGCAGAAUAAUUUACAUAUCAACGACGUGUACCUCUGUUUUUUGGAGAAAACGUCAGUUAGCAAUAAGAUUCACCAGGGUGAACUUCUUUCCUGUUUUU